AUGCCGGAUGACUGGGAGUGGGGCUUCGUGCCUUUUAGCUCCACCAACCCUCCAACCGACGAAGCGAAGGACCGCUUCCCUCGCAUCGAAUCGGAUAAGCGAGGUCCUUGCCGGAAGCGCCCGCUGGACAAGGUUGACCCAGAUCCUUACGUCCCUUGGACGGAUCUCAAGAUGGGCCGCACGCACACCUCAUGCCCUGAUGCUUCCUCAACUGGCCCCCAACCACAGGUCCACGAGCGCGUGGUUCCCCUUCAGGCCGAGGUAGGCCAGGAAUUCCUGGACAAGCUCGCCUCCGAGGGCAGGAAGAACAAGGCCCCGGCACCAGAUGCUGGAUCAAGCCAGGCCCCUCCAGCCAAGCGCCCCCGGACGGAAAUCCUUGGAGGCAAGGAAGUAGGCAAGAGGCGCUACAAAAAGAAGACCAUGCCUGUCUCUUCCGGCCCUGCGCUCUCGCUCUCCAAGGGCGCUACCGGUACGAUGCCGGGGAGCUCCGAGGGAACGGCCAGGACCUCGUCCCCUCCUCGUUCAAGCCCGGUACACCUAGGUACCGGCAGCCCUUCUGCCUCCCCUUUGGGAGGCACUCCAAGUGCGGGGCGCGCGGUCCCUACAACUUCUGAUCACCGCGCGGAGGAGGACCUUGUCCCUCCUCCAAACACACAAGAUACCGGCGCCAGUAACAUCGGCGCCGACACUGAAGCUGCCGGGCGGGCGGAACCUCAAGUUCCUCCCGUCCGGAAAGAAAAGAAGAAGAAGAAGAGCUCAUGCUCUUCCCCCUCCAAAGCCGUGCCGGACUCUUCCGCACCGGCAAGCUCAACACCGCCGCCAGAAGCUCCUGUUCUUGAGCCAACCGGGGCUACGCCGCCGCCACCACCGGAAGCUCCUGUUCCUGAGCCAGCUGGGGCCACGCCAACACCGCCGCCGGAAGCUUCUACCGCCAAGCCCACCAGGGACGCGCAGAUGCCACCGCCAGCCCAAGGACCCUCUGCGUCCAAGCCAACGCCGCCGCCAGAAGGUGCCAAGCUUCGCGUGUCCGAGCCCUUCAAGGGGAAAGGCACGGCUUCCGGCCCGCAGUCCUUGGUGCUGCACGCCGGCCCCGCCGCUGUCGUGGCAGGAGAGAGGGCUACCGGCCUCCUUGGCCGGAUUACGGAGCUGAAGCGCGAGGGCAAGGAGCUGGAGCACCUGCUUGAUUACGCUGAGAAGUGGAAUUAG